AUGGAGCAACACCAGCAGCUGCUGCUGCUGCAGAUUAAACACACUCCUGCUGCUACUGCAGCAGCUACUGCAGCAGCUACUGCAGCAGCAGCAGCAGCAGCUACUGCAGCAGCAGCAGCAUAUUUAAUUCAUUCUCCCAAGACAGCCAGGUGCCCCACAAAGACAAACAAGUUUGUCUCCUUCGGCCUCAAUACCGAAUUGGUAAUCAUAUGUUAUUUCUUCGCCGGCUGUUAUUUCUUCUUUUGCUAUUAUAAGAAUAUGCUUCUGGCCACACUCACUCAACACCACGCGACAUGUGCAGUUCGGCUGCAGCAGCAACAGCAGCAGCAGCAGCAGCAGCAGCAGCAGCAGCAGCAGCAGCAGCAGCAGCAUGAGGAGGAGGAGCAGGAGGAGGAGGGGGUUGUGUAG